GAGGCGUUGGUGACGUCAUUGGACCCUUUCCGCUGCUGCAUGUAAACAAAGCAGAAUCAGAUGGAGACAAACUCCAUAUAAAUAUAAAUAGAUAUAUAGAUAUAUAGAUAUAGAUAAUCUCCGCUAAAUAACGAAUCACGGGAGAGGGUUCUAUUUGAUCCGGAGCUGAGAGUCUGAGUGUGAUGGAGCUCCGCUUCUCUUGAACCAGAACCAGCAACAUGUCUAUGGAAGACCCGUUCUUCGUCGUCAAAGGUGAGGUACAGAAGGCAGUGAACGCAGCACAGAGUCUCCAUCACAGAUGGAGCGAGCUGUUGCAGGAAGGGGGCGGAGCCUCCAAGGAGGAAAUGGACUGGACGACCAAUGAGCUGAGGAAUAGUCUGCGCUCCAUCGAGUGGGACCUGGAGGACCUCGACGAGACCAUCAGCAUCGUUGAGUCCAACCCAAAGAAGUUCAACCUGGAUGCAGCGGAGCUGUCGAAGAGGAAAUCCUUCAUCACCAGCACCAGACAGACUGUGAAGGAAAUGAAAGAACAAAUGUCGAGUCCAACGGCUGCAUCAGUGGACAGAAAGAACACACAGGCUCUGCUCGCUGAUCGUGGUGCUCAGGGUCCGAUCUGGCAGCCCGGUCCUGAUAAAUACGGGCGACUGGACCGCCAACUGCAGAACGCCAACUCUCAGUUCAUAGAGGAGCAGCAGGGCCAGCAGCAACUGAUGGCGGAGCAGCAGGAUGAACAGCUGGAGCUUGUGUCGGGAACAAUUGGAGUCCUGAAGAACAUGUCGGAGAGGAUCGGCAUGGAGCUGGAUGAACAGGCUGUGAUGUUGGAUGACUUCACUCAUGAGGUGGACACCACCCAGUCUAGACUGGACAACGUCAUGAAGAAACUGGCCAAAGUGUCUCACAUGACCAGCGAUCGUCGUCAGUGGUGUGCUAUUGGCAUAUUGCUCACAAUCCUCUUUGUGGUCGUCCUCCUCCUGUUCAUCCUGUGAUUGAUGCCUCCUCCGGUCUUAAAUCUGUGUCUACUGAGCUCUUCUGAACUUUACUGGACUAUCCUGGACUCUGCUGAACUUAAUUUCACCCUUACAGACUUUAGUGAACUCUACUGAACUUAAACUCUUCUGGGCUUUUAUGAACUAUACUGGACUCCACUCGACUUUUAUGACUCUACUAAACUCACAGACAGACGUUACUGGACUCCACUCUGUGUACAAGACUUUGCAGGACUUUCUUGGACUCUACUGGACUCUUCUGGAUUCUACUGGACUCUUCCGGACUCUACUGGACGUUCUCUUCCUGCUGAGUUGGACAGAAAAGGCACUUUGGUUCUUUGAGUGUUUGACUGUUAAAAUCAUCGCAGAGGUCAAAGGUCAAAGCAGGUGUAACCAUGUUUGAUGUGUUUUAAUGUUUCAUGUUUGUUGUAUUUAAAGGGCUGAAAGUAACCAUAACAGUUUAAUCCCAGUUCGACUCUGAGUUUAGUAACUUCAGUUUAAAUACAGUUUAUAUCAGGUUUAAUCCUUUAUUAAGUCACUCCAAUCCUGGAUAAACUAGAGUUACUAAAGGUAACUCUAGUUUAACUCUAGUUUAACUCCACUUUAACUCUAGUUUAACUUUAGUUCAACUCUACUUUAACUGUAAUUUAAUUUCACUUUAACUUCACUGACUCUAGUUUAACUCCACUUUAACUCUAGUUUAACUCCACUUUAACUCUAGUUUAACACUAGUUCAACUCCACUUUAACUGUAAUUUAAUUUCACUUUAACUUCACUUUAACUCUAGUUUAACUCUAGUUUAACUCCAAUUUUACUUCAGUUUAACUCUACUUUAAUCCGAGUUUAAAUGUCCAAUUUAAAGAAAUACUUCACCCGCAUAAUGACCAUUUGUGUAUCAGUUACUCACCCUGUGAUGUCCUGAAUUCUUGAGGAAAAUCAUCUUUUCCUCGCAUGCCUCCACGGUGAAUAAAGAACCAAAAAACUGAAAAAGUUCUUGAUGGAUUAAAGUUUAACAAUAGGAAAACUAUGUCAAAACAUCCGUUAAAAAAAGAUCACACAAGUUGUGCAGUAUAAUCCAAGUCUCAUUUAUCCAGUUGUAUGCUGUACUUCCUAAACACCUGAAGAUUAAAACACUCCAGACUCUGAUCUCGCACAGACAAGAGAUUGACUCUGUUUCAGCAGAAGUGUUUAAUUUUUUCAAUUCUAACUUAAUCUUUUCUCCAUUUACACCCAGUUUAACUCUAAACUUGAAUUCUAUUUUUAACUCGAUGUUCUAUGUAUCAGUUUAAUUCUGAUUUAAUCCUGGUUUAAGUCCAGUUUAACACAGGUUUACUCCUAGUUUAAAUACAGUUUAUAUCAGGUUUAAUCCUUUAUUAAGUCACUCUAAUCCUGGUUAAACUUCAGUUUAACUCUUUUUGAUUAGUCUGAGGUUGGAGUUUGUUGGAAAACAAUGUAAAAACACUAAAACUUCCUGUUUGUGUUUACAUUUUGUGUGUUUUUGUUUUACUGACUGAAUCUUUUUAUGAUGUUUGUAUCUUACUUUUAGUUUUUUGUUUGCUGAACCGAUCGAUCAGCACAUUCUGCAGUUUAUUGAGUGGAUUUUUCUACUGUUUAAAUGUUAAACCACACACUUGAUGCUUCACAAAAAAAGCUUUUCUAAGAUGAACCUCUGGAAGGCUUUUCAUGUGAAGGUUAGCGAGCAGGUAACUUCCUGUUUGAUAUAAAUUGGUUGUAAUCAAAUAAUAGGUGAAGAACAAAGCAGACAAUCACACCAUCAGAUUUACGGUACGCGUGACGGUGAAAUCUCAUGUCUGUUUCCUGUUAAUAUUUUAAUGAAAUAAAACCACAGUGUUCAGAACUCUGAAAAUAUAAUUUAGAUACAGAUACUCUCAAAUAGAGAUUAUAAACACACUUACCUGUGGCUCUUAAUCUCAAAUUCAUUUGAAUCUGUUUUAACUCUUCAUGAAUCCAUCUUGUGAUUUUCAUAAUUCAGUAUUUUCUAUAUUUCCUUAGAUUUCAUAUUUGAUUAUGAAUUAUUUGUAUUAAUUUGACUUGACAGAUUUCCACAAAUGAAGCAGAACGUUUUUCAGGUUCAUCUGAUGCUACUAAUUUGGAAACACAACCAUCCAUGUUUUUUAGAACUAUACUAAAUUAACAAUAAUAAUAAAGAUAAUAAUAACCAUUCUGUAUUUUGUUGUUACAUCCUGAAUCAGACCGGCAGAAGAGAUCAAUGACUGAAUAUCUGCUGAAUGAAAGACAUCUAGUUUGAAGUUAAACUGUUAUUGUUCAAUUGUUAUUGAUUGGUAAAUGAAAACAUCUGUCUGUCUUUAUUAUUUCAUUUUUUGUGGAUAAUUUUGUUUCAAUAAACUGAUGCAGAAAAUAACAA